AUGUCUCAAUCAAUUGAUUUUCGCAUAAAUGAUUUUGUUAUUGAAUAUCUCGAUUACAAAGGUUUUAAUGAAACCGUCGGCAUAUUUUUGAAAGAACGAAAAAGUCGUCAAGAGCCGAUUUAUGACAUUUCAAAUGGGAAGCCAACGCAAGAUAAAGAUCAAGAAAAAUAUCAGACAAUCAAAAAUGAUAUGUUAAAAUACCUCGAUGAUGGAAAUCGUGCUGAUUUCUUUCGUCUGUGGUCGGCACACAUACCGAGCAACGUAAUCGCCAGUGAUCCAUCAUUGAAAUCAUUGGAGUUUUUGAUUUAUGCACAUUUUGCAAUCUAUUAUCUCCGUCCGAAUGCCUUAAUAAAAAACGAUGUUGCAGCUAAGGAGAACAUGCAGGUAUUGAAAACAUACAUGGAAACAAUUAAAGGUCAAGCGAUAUCGCAAACCAGUGAUAUUCUGCCAUUAUUUGCAUUACCAUUUGUUGCUUCACCUGAUAAGCAUGCAUCAUUUCAAGAACUAUUCUCAAAUGAGUGGCCGAUACAGCUACGAAAGAAAGCUUCGAAUUUUUUCGAUUGGAUUUUUUCCAAUCGACCGUUACCUCGUCUCGUAGAAUUAUUACAAAACGGUGAACGUGCUUCGCAUGUCUUAACUCAAUUAAACACGGAAAAUGAAGAGCUUAAAGAUCGAAACAGAGAAACGAAUAAACAAAUCAAAAACUUAAGUACUGAUUAUUGUAAUUUAAUCAGCAUAACCAUGGAACUAGUGGAGACAUUACAACAAGCAAUUGUCGGAAAGACUAUUACGAAUGAUUACAUUGAUAAUGUUUGCACACGCCUUGGUUUAGCACGAUUACGUGAGUCAUUGCCGAAUGUCAUGGAAUCAGCUCGUUUAGGAAUCGAUGAUCCAUUCACGGAGAAGUUUGAUUAUACCAAAAUAAAACGCGAUGUCAUUCACGUGUCUACGCCAGCACGACAAAAGGCGUUGCUUCUUCAAGCUCUACGUUGGAAAUUAACGAAAGCUAGAACAGAUUUUAAACGAGAAAAAAUGCUGGAAAGUUACAUUGCUUGCGACUUAUUAGGUUGUAAUACUGACACGGAACAACAAUCAAAAAUUAUUAAAGAAUUAACAGCACCGUCCACAGGAGAAACGGAAUUUGUCAAAGAAGAAUGGGCACGAUUGAUCAAUACGAUUGCUUCAUUAAGAAAAGGUCGAAACUAUUUAGUAUCAAAUGAAUCAUUGAUUAUCUGCAUGCAGAAAUCAGCUAUUCUCGAGUCAUCGGAUACGUCUACUAGACAGCAUCUUCUAGCUGCCUUACAGAAACUCAGUCUUCGACGAUCUGUUCAAACAAUAAUGAUCAAUCAAAAUAUGAUCAAAUGGCUCGUACCAUUACUGAGCAAAACCGAUGAUCUGUCUGAUUAUACACUAGAAUAUGGUGUCGCUUUACUCAUGAAUCUAUGCUUGCGAACAAAUGGUCGAAAAAAAUGCGCUGAAAUUGCUGAACAAGUGAUCACGGUUCUCUCAAAUCUAUUAUCUCAUCCUAAUCACGAGACCCGACCAUAUGUAAACUCGUCACUGUAUUCGGUUUUGACUGUUAAGUUAAUUCGCGAUAAAGCGAAUGAAUUAAAUCUUGAUAACCGUCUCCGAGCACUCAUACGCACAGAAACUUACAAUUCAGAGACAAAAGGUCAACUCGAGUUUCUGUUAAACCUUCUAUGUAAAAAUGGCGACCAAGUCCUCGAACAAACAUCCGACAAUGAGCAGGAUAAUGAUGAGGAAGAUGAAGAUGUGAUGGAAGCGGACUUAGAUCUUGCGGAUAAACUACAAACUAUUGAUCAAGAAUUGAGUGGCGAUGAUCUUAUGCUUGUAAAAUAUUCCUCACAAACAAAUAUACCGCCAGCACCACAUACUCAGAAGUCUUACAAUAAUAAUUUAUAUGCCUCGUCCGUGUAUGAUUUCAAAAGUAAAUCAGUUGUUGAUUCAGUUCUUCAUCGACCGACUACACCUGGUCAAUUACGUCAGUCGAUUGUCGCACACACCGUCGAUUCACUUGCAAACAGUUUAGUCGUAGGGGAUUUUUUCCACAAUCAAAACAACGGAUCUGAGCCAAUCAAUGAUCAUCGCACCAUGCUCGUUGCAUCAGCAUCCGUCUCGAAGAAGAAACCGUUAUCUGCCAGUGUGGCAUCAGUCAAAACGAAUAAUAGUAUUAAGUUUUCGAAUACUUUAUCAUCGAUAAGUCGACCGAAAUCAACGAAUCGAACAUCGUCUGCUGAUCAAUCGAAACAAUUAACGCCUGUUCUUGCCUUUAGUACCAACGAUGAAUUGGAUCGCGCAGUUCCGUCUGCUACGACGCAAAAAGUCACCCCACCAAUGAAAUUCUCCUUUAGUGAACCACCAAGAUCAAAUUCGAGUGCAUCUAUUCGUUCGUCAGCGUCGUCAAUCCUAGAAUUAAGUAAUGGAAAUGCAAAUAGCCAUAAAACCAAAAGACAAUAG